AUGUACGAAAAUGUUUGCUCUGUCGGGGAAGCGGGAGUAUACUUAGUUAUACCAAGUUACACUUUCAAAUGCAUCAAGAACUCGCGGGCUUCCGCCUCAAAUGUAGCUAUUGAAUACCAGUAUAGGGCACGUCAAUCGCUCGUUAGCGCACUCGAAGCGCGCGGGCUUACUACGAUCUUGGAUGAGCGAAUUUUCCCUCGCUUUGCACGAUUUUUCCUAUCGAGGUAUAACGCGCAUGACGACGUUCUUAUGUCGUGCAGAGGUGACGUGUCCUAUCGAAUUGGUUGCACAUUUUAUGUAAAUUCGUGCAGAUUAUAUGAAUCCAUGCAUAUUACAUAG